AUGCCGUUUUGAAAUAACUCCCAGAGUUUACCAUCAUACUGUGGAUGUUUGGUCAAGACGUGUCGUUUUAUUAAUUUGUUCGUUAAGAGACUCAUUACUAGGCCCUUCCACACACAAAACACAUUGUGGGCGCUCUUCGUUAUACGUUUGUAUGAAAGAGAGAGAAAUUCAUCGCUGUAUAUGCGUUUCAUAACAACUGAGCUCAGUAAGUCAGAACUUGUAGCUAGCAUGAGUCCAUUUGAUGACAGCGGCGAGUGAUGGCGAGUGGGAAUGACAAGUCGAUGGCAGACAGCGCAUCAUCUGCUGCUGAACCAUAGAGCUGCAUCGUGUGUGUGUCGCGGAGUGAUCUUCAAGAAAACGGCAGAAAAAUAUCCGGUAAACCGCGCAAAGACCGCUGCUUAAGCAGAGAGCGCAGAUGCACUUGGCUAAAUCAAUUCCAGUAAUUAAUGAAAUAAUUAUACAUUUACUCUCACUCGUCCGCGACCCACUUUAAGAAAAGCUGAACUAAAGAGUUUAUGAAUGCUGGUGCAAAUGCAAGACGAAUAUACCAAAACUAAAUGUACUGUAUUUUGCAAGAUUUGGAGUUAAAACCCUGCCUAAUUGUAAUUUUCCAUUGGCUACUACUGGUAAGACACCCGUUACACCUCCCUGUAUCCACGAGACAGGAAGUGUCGAUGAGCAUGGAAUAUAGAAAAAGUGGCAAAGCAACGUAGGUCUACAGUAAAUAUCAAAGGUCAGAAAACCUAGCGUUCUAUCAUCGGAUAAUGGUGCCAAUGACUAUAAUGUUGGAUUGUAGCCUACAUGAUUCUGUAUAAUAAACAAUGUUGGCAAAAAAAAGAAAAUAAUAAUGCAUGUUUGUGCUACACUGUGUCCAAUGAUAUCUGCCGCCAGGGGGACUCGACCCGCGCUGAACAUACUUCCCAAAUUCCAACGAGAACCUGGAGGUCUCUUUGAUCACUGUUAUCUUGGCCUAAUGUCUGUCCGAGUGCCAUCCAUGAGUGUUCUGCCUCCUGUUCGAAGGGACCGCAUCAUUGCCCAGCUUCCUCAGUUUUACAGUAAGAAGGCUGCUGUGCAUACUAAAGAUGAGUUCAACUCCAAAGUGAAGACUGCCUGCCAGGAGCAACGCACUGGCACAGUAGGUAGGUUUAAAAUUGCUAAGGUCAUAGUGGUUGGUGACCUGGCUGUGGGAAAAACAUGUCUGAUUAAUAGGUUUUGCAAGGAUGCAUUUGACAAGAACUACAAGGCGACCAUUGGCGUUGACUUUGAGAUGGAGCGGUUUGAAGUGUUGGGGGUGCCUUUCAGCUUACAGUUGUGGGACACUGCGGGGCAGGAGAGGUUCAAGUGUAUUGCUUCCACAUACUACAGGGGAGCUCAGACUAUUGUUAUUGUGUUCGAUGUAAAUGAUGUGGCAUCUUUGGGCCAUGCAAGGCAGUGGCUUGAAGAUGCCUUGAAGGAGAAUGAUCCUACCAAUGUCCAGCUUUUCCUGGUGGGCACAAAGAAAGACCUAAGUUCUCCUGCUCAGUACUCUCAGAUUGAACAGGAUGCCAUCGAACUGGCUGAGGAAAUCAAAGCAGAAUAUUGGGCCUUGUCAUCAUUGACUGGGGAAAAUGUGAGGGAGUUUUUCUUCCGUAUUGCAUCAUUGGCAUUUGAGGCCAACGUUCUGGCAGAGCUAGAGAAGAGUGGAUCAAGGCACAUUGGGGACGUUAUCAAAAUUAACAGUAAUUCAAACAACGUGUAUGCAACAUCAAAGAAGAAACAGUCAAACUGUUGUCAAUGAAGACAAACACGUGACUACUACAGUAAAAAGGUACCAAAGCAAAAAGCAUAAUUUCCUCAGAAGAGAAACUGAGAACCACGGACCACUCCCAGACACAUGGAAUUUGCAGUGGGAGCUAGCAGACAGGACAGCGACUUUUGGAUUCACAGGCAUUUGAUUUUCAUUUCUGCUGGCCCGGAAAGAACAGCUCCUUGGUUAGAUGUGGAUUCCUGUGGUGCUUGGUUUAUUUUUGCCUAUCUAUAGUUUCGGAAUGAAAUUUAUUCUAUGUCAUUGCACUCCAUACUGUACAAUUCCAGUUUUUGAGUGUUGACAGAUUAUCGCGUUACUGCUUAAAUGGCUAUGGAGUAUGGACAAUCAUGGAUGUCUUCAAAUACCUAAUAUGGAUAUUUUUAAGACACCACCAUUAGGCCUAUUAGAUUUUUUACAGUGUUGUUUUGUCUAGUGUUUGCAUGCUAUAUGUUUUUUGCACAAUUUGUAACAAUAGCAUACAGUGAGGGAAAAAUGUAUUUGAUCCCCUGCUGAUUUUGUACGUUUGCCCACUGACAAAGAAAUGAUCAGUCUAUAAUUUUAAUGGUAGGUU